CGUAACACCACAUCAACUACGUCAAAAUGGAGCGAAAGUUUUGACUGCUGUGCGUUUUCGAACUCUUGCUCAUUCUUCAAUAAAAACGCUUUAGACAUGAAUUAAAAAACACGAGUAGACAGUGUUGACCAUGGAGGGGCUGGAGAUGUCAGCCAUGAUCCCCGCUCUUCGUGAGCUUGCCAGCGCCAGUCCGGGGGAAUACGACGAAGCUGCAAAGAAACCUCGACAGAUCCUGUGUCAGUUCAUUGACAGGAUACUGACUGACGUGGAUGCGGUGUCUCUCGGGCUGAAUAAAAAGUCCACCUCGGAGCCUGCCUGCGUCAUGCUGCUGGACUUCGUGCAACACAUCAUCAAGUCGUCAUCACUCAUGUUUUCCAACCCUGCCUGCCAGUCCGCAGACUACCCCGAUACAACACAACACUGCAUUGACUUCGGCAAGUGGGUGUUACUGCGUCUGCUGCGCGUGGCUGCCGCCCCCGACUGCGGCGCUAUCCACGGGAAGGUGCGCGCCGUCCUUUGCUCCUUGCUGCACUCCUUCCUCGUCCGGAUGCCCUUCAUUUUCGCCCGCCUGGCCCAAGGGCUCAUCCUCCUGGUGGCCGACCUGAGCGGUAUCCUACACGCCCACAUCACCUCCCGCUCGCCAAGCCUUUGGCCCGCCGCCCUCCAAUCCUUCACCGUCCCCCCGCCGUGCCCCAACCUCACCCCUUCGACCCUCUCUCUCGCCUCACCGGCUGCGUUGGAGUCCCUCGCCGCGGUGACGUUGUACGUCGUUAGCGACGUUGUCAGGGGUGUAAUCUCCCCACGGGACCAAAGAAUGGCCUGGGAGACCGCCUGCGCCAUCCUGGCCAAUGGUAACACCCGGCUGAGGACUGUUACCAUGGCGAUGCUGAGGCGGCUAGUGGAGCUGCGGGGCUUCCCAGAAGAGCUGGGACACCAGUUCUUCGCCACCUUCCUCCACGUGCUGAAGACGCACGCUGGCGGGUAUGAGGGGGAGCUGCUCAGCCUCGCACACUGCGUGUUUCGCCAAGGUUGCACCCGCCUGGAGGACACGUACCUGGCACAAGUGUUUGAAUGUGUCUGCACCCAUGCGGAGACUCAGGCGUCCAACACAAGAACCCUGGAGCCUGGCACUCCCCAGGGGACGGAGGUAACCCAGUCUGUGUGUCAUGCUUUGGACUGGGCGCUGUCAGUCGCCAUCAGUUAUGAGAACGUCGCCCUACUGCAGAUGAGGAGAGUGGUGCAGGUCUGCGGGACGCUGGCGCGCACCGUUGGAACUGAAACACAAGCUGAAUGUGCGGAAGGUUUCCUGAAAGCUGCGCUCAAAGCGGAGAUUGCCAUGCUGAUGCGCCAAUUCGAAGACGAGGCCACGCCGAGCAAGAAAGUCUGCAAAGGGGCCCACGGCACACCGAACUCGGUGCCGUACGCCGAAGUGGCCGUACGUGAUGACAGUGAGGUCUGGGCCGUGCUCAGCAGCCGCUUAGAGGAGCUCUUGGCGCUGUUCAACUCUGACAAUUGUGAACUCAAGAGCGCCCACAGGCUUGCCGCGCUUCGGGGCGUCGGGCUCAUUCUCCGACUGGCUGCAGUUUGUUCCUCGCCCACCAGGCAGCCGCCACUUCUCUGGUUGUCCUCUGAGACUCUGGGUAGGACAUUGAGGAGCUGUCAAUCAGUGCUAGAGGGCGGGGCUGAACCCGUCUCCAACCAGAACUACUACGAGUCCGCUGUCCAGAUCACUAUGAGAGUCCUUGACUGUGUGCUCUACCUGACCGCGUGCAGCCAAGGUCAAGAUGUGCUCCAUCGGCAUGCGUGUGCGCUCCUGACGCUCCCCUGGGUGUCGGCUCACAAGUCGACUUCGGCCUACAAAAAUACGGGUUUCCACUCCUGGGUGCUCACCUUGGCUCAGAGGCUUCACUUUUGCUUCUCGAGCAAGGUUCGGACGCAGUGUCUCUCUCUGGUGGCGCACUUGCACGGCGGGGUGUGCGCGGCGUGGCGUGCGUUUGUGUUCUCUGCGGCCCUGCGAGGUCGGGACGAGGCCCUGAAAGAGGCGGCGGUCCGGGCCUUCCCGCUUCUUCUUCACCAUCUGGAAAACUCCCAACACAACCUCAUCACCACCACCGCCCUAUAUCCAAUGCUGGAUGACUCUUCGGAGAAUGUGCGAAGGGAGCUGGCGAGGAUCGUGGGCCAUCUGAGCUGCGUCCAGUCGGGGCUGUCCCUGCUUAGCUACGACGCCAAUCAUGCGGAAGAGCUUGUGUGCCACGGCCUCUGCCUGGCGGUGGAACACCUCGGCGGCGCACCCCCAUCCCUGACAGCAUCCUUUGUCAAACCUUUCCUGCUUCUGCUCGGACCACUGGCGCCAAGUAGCGUUAAACAAGCAUUUCUACAAGCACUACCUCACCUCUGCCAACAUGUCCGUCUGGGUGAUGCUGGCGACGACUCCCAGGAGCUUUUGUCCGCUCUCAUCGGCCUUCUCAAGGAUUCGGAUCCGGGCGUCAGGAUGAGUUUCAGCCAAUCGGUGCGUUUCCUGUUGAUGGACCCCUCCCCUGACAACAGCCCCGCGAGUGAGCUGCUGACUGUUGCGCUCAAAGAGGCCUUCAACAGCGCCAAAGCCAACAAUGACGACAACUUGCGCCACACUCUCAUCCUCACCACCGGAGAGAUCGGCAGAACAUCUCAGGGCAGCUUGGUGUCCUUCUCCCUGCUGCAUCUGCUCCACUGUUUGCUGUCCAAGUCGUCGCCCGUGUCUGUGGGUGCCUACACACAGAUCAGAUCGCUGGCGGCCUCCAAAGGAAUCGAGUUGCAAACACUCUUCAAUCAACACAAGAACCCCAUUUGUCAGUUCCUGGUGGAGUCGCUGCACUCGCGUUACUCUUCGGCCACGCGCAGCAUGCCCCAACAGGGCAACGAUUCUGCCCAUCAGAGGGAGCUGGCGCUUGACAUCCUUGCUCAGAUCGCACACGCCUUCAACUUCCCAGACCUCCACCUCUUUCUUUCUCGGACGCUGCAGGUGCUCUUGCCCUACUUGGCCGCCAAGUCCAGCGUCAUUGGUUCCGCCCUCAUCCGCACGCUGGCCAAUGAGCUGAACGCCAACCGGCGGGAGAUCCUGAUCAGUAACUUCAAGUACAUCUUUAGCCACCUGGUCUGCUCCUGCACGAAGGAGGAGCUGGAGAGGGCCUUCCACUACCUCCAGAGCGAGACCGAGAUCGAACUGGGCUCACUUCUGCGCCAAGACUUCCAAGGCCUUCACAACGAGCUACUGCUGCGCUUGGGUGAGCACUAUCAGCAGGUCUUCAACGGCCUGGCCAUCCUGGCUUCCUUCGCGUCCAACGACGACCCCUACCAGGGUCCCCGCAACAUCACCACCUCGGAGCAAAUGGUAGACUACCUGCAGCCAAAGCUACUAGGAAUUCUUGCUUUCUUUAACAUGCAGUUUCUCAGCUCUCGAGCGGGAGAGAAGGACAGGAAGAAACUGGCGCUGACCAGCGUGAUGGCACUGAUGCGACUGAUGGGGUCCAAACACAUCAGCUCAGUGCGGGUGAAGAUGAUGACCACCCUGCGCACCGGCCUCCGCUAUCGAGAAGACUUUCCUCUGCUCUGCUGCCAAACGUGGGAGUGUUUCGUGAGAAGCGUGGAGACGGCACAUCUUGGCCCCCUGCUGAGCCACGUGAUUGUGGCGCUCCUGCCUCUCAUCCCCCUGCAGCCCAAAGAGACCGCUGCCAUCAUCCGCUUCCUCAUACUGGACAACAGGGAAGAGGUCAACGACUACCUCCAUGAGAUUUACUUCCUGCCGGACCAUCCUGAGCUCAAAGACAUUCACACUGUGCUGCAGAACUACAAAAAGUUGACAGCAAGCAACAGUGACCUGGCGUCUGCAUUACAACUUUCCAUGAGAGCCGUUCAGCACGAGAACGUCGACGUCCGCAUCCAUGCACUGACCAGCCUCAGAGACAUGAUGCACAGCAACCAGGAGUGGCUGUCGAGGCAAGUGUGCGCCAGUGAGUCUGUGGAACCGGUCAUCUCCAGCCUGGUGUCGGUGCUGCUCAAGGGCUGCCAGGACUCGUCUCCCGAAGCCCGACUCCUGUGUGGCGAGUGUCUCGGUGAGCUGGGCGCUGUGGAUCCGGGUCGCCUGGACCUAUCGCCGUCGCACAUCCACGGUGACCGCAACACCUUUGUGGGUGGCGUGGCCGACCCCAAUUUUGCUUACGAACUGCUGACCGAACUCACCCGAGCUUUCCUGGCUUAUGCCGACAACGUCCGAGCGCAGGACUCUGCUGCGUACGCCAUCCAGGAACUGUUGGCCAUCUUUGAGUGCCGCGAGGGUCGCCUGGAUUCACCGGGCCGCCGACUGUGGAGGAGAUUCCCGGAGCAUGUCAAAGAAAUACUGGAGCCUCACCUCAACAGCAGGUACAAGAGCAGCCAGAAGAAGGCUGCCUGGUCCAACCUGAAGAAGCCAGUCUACCUCAGCAACCGGGGCGGCAAGUUCUCCGACUGGGCCGCCACGUGGGCCGCCUAUCUCAUCAGCAAAGUACGACACAAUUUGGCAAGCCGGGUGUUCACCUGCUGCAGUUUCAUCAUCAACUACGACUACAAGGUGACCAUCUACCUGCUGCCUCAUGUGCUGCUCUACAUGCUGUUGGGCUGCACGCCGGCCGAACGAGAGGAGGUGACACAGGAGAUGCUGGCCGUGCUGACAGAGAGCGAGGAGCGUGUCCAGGAGACGGCGUCCAGCCACUGGCAGCUCAGCACUCAGACGGUGUUCAGCAUGCUGUCUCACCUCACCCAGUGGAGUCGCCACAUCAGUCACGUGGAGCCCAGCGAUAACGCAGAGAGUGGCAAGUACAAGUGCGUGGCGGCUUUCCUCAAGGACAUCCCGCAAGAUGUGAUGGCCAAGGCGGCGCUGCAUUCCAAGGCCUACACGCGCGCCCUCAUGCACUUUGAAGCCUACAUGCUGGAGGGCAACGAGGACAUCAAGGACCACCUCACCUUCCUCCAGACAUUGUACGCUGCCAUGCACGAGCCCGACGGCCUGAAGGGGGUGGACGCCCUGAGGCAGGAGGAGCCGUCGCUCCGCGAACAAAUCCUGGAGCACGAGAGCAUCGGCCUGCUGCAGGAUGCCACCGCGUGCUACGAUCACGCCAUACAGCUCCAGUCCGACCAGAUCGGCCACUAUCACGGCGUCAUGAGGUCUCGGUUGGGCCUGGGCCAGCUGUCCACAGUCAUCACGCAGGUUAAUGGAGUCCUGGCCGACAGGGAGCAGUGGACCUCGGAGCUCAACGCCUACAGAGUGGAGGCUGCCUGGAAGCUGGGCAAAUGGGACCUGCUGGAGGACUAUUUGAGUUCGGACCUCCAGUCCAGCACGUGGGGAGUACGACUGGGUCAGCUGCUACUGGCAGCCAAGAAACAAGAUGGCGCCGCCUUCUCCGAGAAGCUGAAGCUGGUCCGGAAUGAGCAGGUGGUCCCGUUGUCGGCCGCCAGCUACGAGUGCGGCUCUUACCAGAGAGGAUACGAGUACAUCGUCAGGCUCCACAUGCUGAGCGAGUUGGAGCACACGUUCACCGAGCUACAGAGGCAGGAGGGAGGCUCGUCUCCCGGCCUCAGACAGCUCCCCUCCCAUUGGUCGGAUCGGCUGGAGAUGACCCAGAAAUCAUUUCGGGCCAAAGAGCCCAUCCUGGCCCUCCGCCGCGCCCUGCUGAGCCUGCAGUCAAAGCCUUCGAGUCAGAAGCUGGUUGGCGAGUGCUGGCUCCAGAGCGCCCGGGUGGCCAGGAAGGCCGGACAUCACCAGACCGCCUUCAACGCGCUCCUGAACGCAGAGAACACGCACCUGGCUGAGCUGCUCACCGAGAAGGCCAAGUGGCUUUGGUCCAAGGGCGACGUCCACCAGGCGCUGAUCGUACUGCAGAAGGGCGUGGCCCAGUGCUUCCCUAACGAGGAGCCCCCGUCGGACCCUCACGACCUGCAGACCAAAGGCCGAGCCAUGCUGCUGGUGGGCCGCUUCAUGGAGGAGACGGCCAACUUUGAGUCCAACGCCGUCAUGAAGACGUACAAGGAUGUGACCAACCUUCUGCCUGAGUGGGAGGACGGCAACUUCUACCUGGCCAAGUACUAUGACAAAGUCAUGCCCAUGGUGACCGACAACAAGAUGGAGAAGCAAGGGAACCUCAUCAGAUACAUUGUCACCUAUUUCGGAAAAGCGCUGCAGUUUGGAAACCAGUACAUCUACCAAGCUAUGCCCCGUAUGCUCUCCCUCUGGCUGGACUUUGGAGCCAAAGUGUGUGAAUGUGAGAAAGCUGGUCGGGCCGACAGGCAGAUGCGCCAGGAGCUGUCCAAGAUCAAUGCGAUGAUGGGCGAGCAUUGCGCCAACCUGGCUCCCUACCAGUUCCUCACCGCCUUCUCGCAGCUCAUCUCCCGCGUGUGCCACUCCAACGACGAAGUCUUCACCGUCCUCAUGACCAUCGUGGCCAAAGUCUUCCUGGCGUAUCCGCAGCAGGCCAUGUGGCUCAUGACGGCCGUGUCCAAGUCGUCCUACCCCACCCGCAUGAAUCGCUGCAAUCAGAUCCUGAAGAAAGCCAUCAGCCUCAAGCAGUCUCUGGACAAGUUUGUCAGCGACGCCAACAGGCUCACCGACAAGCUGGUGGAGCUCUGCAACAAGCUGGUAAACAACGACACCGGCAAACUGAGCAUGAGUGUCCACUUCAAGCAUCUGAAGCGUUUGGUGGAGGAGCCCACCUUCAGCCAGAUUCUCAUCCCGCUGCAGUCUGUGCUCAUCCCCACGCUGCCCUACACCGGCGGGGCCAACACCACCCACGACGCCUUCCCGGGACAUUGGGUCUACCUGGACCACUUUGAAGACCACGUGGAGAUCUUGCCCUCCUUGCAGAAGCCCAAGAAGAUCAGCCUGAAGGGCUCGGACGGGCGCAGCUACACUAUGAUGUGCAAGCCCAAAGACGACCUGAGGAAGGACUGCAGGCUCAUGGAGUUCAACUGUCUCAUUAACAAGUGCUUGCGCAAAGACGCCGAGUCACGGCGCCGGGAGCUACACAUCCGCACCUAUGCCGUCAUCCCUCUGAACGAGGAGUGCGGCAUCAUCGAGUGGGUCAACAACACGUCGGGGCUCCGCCACAUCCUCACCAGGCUGUACAAGGAGAGAGGCGUCUACUUGUCGGGCAAGGAUUUGAAGAAGAUGAUCCUCCCCAAGACGACCCCCUUCGAAGAGAAGCUCCGCAUGCACAAGGAUGUGCUGUGCGCUCGACACCCCCCCAUCUUCUACGAGUGGUUCCUGCGCACCUUCCCUGACCCCACGUCGUGGUACAACAGCCGCUCCGUAUACUGCCGCUCCACAGCCGUCAUGUCCAUGGUGGGCUACGUCCUCGGCCUGGGGGACCGCCACGGCGAGAAUAUCCUCUUUGACUCCUUCACGGGGGAGUGUGUGCACGUGGACUUCAACUGCCUCUUUAAUAAGGGGGAGACGUUUGACGUCCCCGAGGUGGUCCCAUUCCGUCUGACGCAGAACAUGGUGCACGCCAUGGGGCCCAUGGGCAUCGAGGGUCUCUUCAGGCAGGCCUGCGAAGUCACACUGAGGCUGAUGAGGGACCAGAGGGAGUCACUCAUGAGUGUCCUAAAAACCUUCCUUCAUGAUCCCCUGGUGGAGUGGAGCAAACAAGGCAAAGGACUCUGCAAAAUUCAGGCCAACGAAACUGGAGAGAUCCUCAACGAAAAGGCCAAAACGCACGUGUGCGACAUCGAGCAGCGUCUCCAGGGUGUGAUUAAGAGCCGCAAUAAAGUUCUGGGACUGCCUCUGUCCAUCGAGGGCCACGUGCACUACCUGAUUCAGGAGGCCACGGACGACAAGCUGCUCUGUCUGAUGUAUGUGGGCUGGGGGCCCUACCUGUAAAGUGCACUUCUACUCUCCUUGCGUUCACGUUCACAAGCCUCAGUUCACAAGUUAGCAGCUUCCCGUUUUCUAGAAACUGACAUUUAUGUACAUGUUCUUGUUAAUAAAUAAUUAUCUUUUGUUCCGUUCAGAUGUGCACGGCACACCUGCAA